AUGGCUUCUGUAUCAUACGCCUUACCUCCUCCUCGUUCAUCACCGUACCCUUUCCGAAAAAUCGUUUAUGUCAAUAAUCUUCCAACAGCCCCACCACAUCACGUUUCCAUUCCUUUUUCUAAAUCCCUAACCCUAAUCAAGGCAAUAGACCCAUAUGUUAAAUCCUUAAAUCAAAGACCUCCGCGUUCCGCCACCAGCGCCGCCGCCACCGUUGUUUCCUCCGACCGACAGCUAACACUGAAAGCCCGCCUCAAGAAUGGGGAGAUCCUAUACGGGAUCUUUCUCCUUAGCUUCUCCCCGACUCUAGCCGAGAUUGCUGGCCUUGCAGGCUAUGAUUUUGCUGUGGUUGAUAUGGAACACGGCCACGGAGGGAUCUCUGAUGCCCUCCCUUGCCUUCGUGCCCUCGCCGCCACCAAUACAGCUGCCAUUCUCCGCCUGCCGGAGUCCUCCGCCACCUGGGCGAAGAAAGCCCUCGAUCUGGGCCCGCAAGGAAUUAUGUUCCCCAUGAUUGACAGCCCAAAAUUAGCCCGAAAGGCUGUCUCCUACUGCCGCUUCCCGCCCAGUGGCGUUCGAGGCUCAGCCCACACCAUAGUUCGAGCAUCAGAUUAUGGCAUCAACGAAGGAUAUCUAAGCAAUUACGAAGAAGCCCUCCUAAUCAUGUGCCAGGUAGAAUCCGAGGAGGGCGUGAAGAAAAUCGAAGAAAUCUCAGCCAUCGAUGGGGUUGACUGCAUUCAGAUGGGCCCAUUAGAUUUGAGCGCGAGCAUGGGAUACUUGUGGGAUCCAGGGAACAAGAAGGUGAAGGAAGUGAUGCGAUCAGCUGAGAAAGCAGUACUGGGGACCAAAGGUGGGGCCUAUUUGUCAGGUUUCGCAAUGCCGCACGAUAGCCCGGAGGACAUGAGGCUGAGAGGAUAUCACAUGGUGGCGGGCGCCGUGGAUGUAGGGUUGUUUAGGAAUGCUGUGGUGGAGAAUGUGAACAAGUUUAAAAUGAGUUUGGUUGAAGGGUCUAAUGAGGAGAGGGAAGAGAGUAAAGAUGCUGAGGAGGAGGAGAAGUACUGGAGUGAAUGA